UUAAUCGGAACGACCCGUUGCUUUUCGACUUGGUUUGCUUUUGCUCUUUUCCUUGCUGUUCGGCUUUGCCUGCUUCGCUUGAGGUGGAGUUUAGAACGAGUCGCUAAAAAUUUCUUUCGCCUAUUUCGACGAAGUUCCCAACGACGUUCUUCCUGUUGGAUCGGAAGCAACGACGGGAGCUCGCUCCCUGAGAAGGAAGAUUGUUUGAAGGAAAUUCACGAUAAUCGAUGGGGAAGCUAAGGAUCAAGAGCGCUCCAAGCAACACGAUACCUCUCUUGAACGGCGAAGAAUCAUCAAGCCACCUUGUGUCUGACCUUGAGCAUGGCGAUGCAGUUCAGCCAGCAAAUAUUGGGUUUUCUAGAGUUCUAAGGUUGGCAAAACCAGAUGCAGGGAAGCUAAUUAUUGCCACUAUAGCAUUGUUGAUUGCAUCUACAACCAAUAUUUUGAUUCCGAAAUAUGGUGGGAAGAUUAUUGACAUUGUUUCAAAGGAUAUCAGCGAGCCUGAGCAACGAGAGGAAGCAUUAGACGCCGUCAAGAACACUAUAUUAGAGAUCAUAUUGGUAGUUAUUGGAGGGUCAAUCUUUGCUGCAAUACGAGCAUGGUUAUUUAGUUCUGCUAGUGAAAGAGUAGUUGCUCGUUUGAGAAAGAAUUUGUUCAGCCAUCUUAUAAAUCAAGAGAUAGCAUUUUAUGAUGUUACUCGGACAGGGGAACUUUUAAGCAGGCUAUCGGAAGAUACGCAAAUCUUAAAAAAUGCUGCUACUACCAAUCUAUCAGAGGCCCUACGUAACCUUUCAACCACAUUUAUUGGUCUUGGAUUUAUGUUUUCAACGUCUUGGAAGUUGACCUUAUUGUCAUUAGCUAUAGUUCCUGUUCUAUCUGUGGUUGUGCGUAAGUUUGGGCGUUUCCUUCGUGAACUAUCCCAUAAGACUCAGGCAGCAGCUGCUGUAGCUGCUUCAAUAGCUGAGGAAUCUUUUGGAGCCAUACGCACUGUGAGGUCUUUUGCUCAGGAAGAAUAUGAAAUUUCACGCUAUUCAGCUAAAGUAGAUGAGACUUUGAACCUUGGGCUCAAACAAGCCAAAGUUGUUGGUCUUUUUGCUGGCGGAAUGAAUGCAGCAUCUACGUUGUCUGUGGCCAUUGUAGUUUUGUAUGGAGCCAACCUCACAAUAAAGGGAUCCAUGACAACUGGAGACCUAACUUCUUUCAUCCUUUACAGCCUUACAGUUGGUUCAUCAGUCUCUGCCCUGUCAGGGUUGUAUACAACAGCAAUGAAAGCUGCAGGUGCAAGCAGAAGAGUUUUUCAGCUUCUUGAUCGCGUGUCCUCUAUGCCAAAAUCUGGUGAUAAAUGUCCUAAUAGUGAAAAAGAUUGUGACGUGGAACUUAAUGAUGUCUGGUUUGCAUAUCCUUCUCGUCCUAGUCAUAUGGUAUUGAAGGGCAUUACUUUAAGGUUGAUGUCUGGUUCGAAGAUCGCACUUGUUGGACCAAGUGGUGGUGGAAAAACUACUAUAGCAAACUUAAUUGAGCGUUUUUAUGACCCAAUUAAGGGUAAAAUCCUAUUGAAUGGAGUCCCUCUGGAGGAAAUAUCGCAUCAGUAUCUUCACCGACAGGUGAGCAUAGUGAGCCAGGAACCUGUCCUUUUUAAUUGCCCGAUUGAAGAAAAUAUUGCAUAUGGCUUUGAUGGAAAGGCAAGCAGCACAGACAUAGAAAAUGCAGCUAAAAUGGCAAAUGCACAUGAAUUUGUCUCCAAAUUCCCAGACCAGUACAAAACAUUUGUUGGUGAAAGAGGGAUAAGACUUUCUGGUGGUCAGAAACAGAGGAUAGCUAUCGCGAGGGCUCUAUUGAUGAACCCGUGUGUUCUUCUGUUGGACGAGGCUACAAGCGCUCUCGAUGCUGAGAGUGAAUACCUUGUUCAAGAUGCUAUGGAUUCUUUAAUGGAAGGACGAACCGUGCUUGUGAUAGCACAUCGGCUAUCAACCGUUAAAAGCGCAGAUGUUGUUGCAGUAGUGUCGGAUGGACAGAUAGCUGAAAGUGGCACUCAUGAUGAGCUUUUGAGUCAGAAUGGCAUCUACACUGCACUUGUAAAGAGGCAGCUGCAGGCACCAAAAGUUGAAAUAUAGAUUCCAGAUUUCUGAUUCAGUGAUUACUGAUUGACUCCUGGGGAGCAGAAGCAAGCAGGCAACCAGUAUUUGAUACUCUUUUUUUUUUUUUUUUUGGAGAUAUACUUCUGCAAAUUUGCAGUCUUAUGUCAGCUGCAGCAGAUGUUCAGCCAACUCAUUUAAAAAAAAAAACAGCAAUGCAUUUGAAGGCUCAAAUAGAAAUUAGAUGUAAUUUGGGUGAGAAUACUCUGACUCUAAUUUAAUCAUUUAUUAUCUUUAUCUUAAAAUAAAUUUGAUAUCUUCAACGUUUUAUUUUGAUAAGAUUUGUAUCAUCAUGAUACAAAUUUACUCGAAGAAUUUAGUACAAAUGAGAAUUUUCCAAACCUUAAA